UUUGUCUGUGUGUGUCAAUUCUGUCAAAUGGGCAAUGGCAUAUUUUUGUUCAGCGAGCUGUGUUAUUUUCUAUUAAUUAUCGUAAACUGUCUGCUAAAUAUCGUUUACGUUGUAAUCGGUUACUUGCUAUACAUUUUAAAAGUUAUAUUACAACAAACCUUCCAUGUAAAUAUGACGGAAAAGUCGAAAAAGCGCAAGAGGAACACGCCAAGCCAACCUAACCAAACAUUUAUAAAACGAGUUAUCGACGAAAAUUGGCAAAAAUUACUGUCCAGCAACCUCAUGGAAGCGAAAACCGAGAAAGUUGAAGAUAAAAAAGACCACUUCACCGGUAUUUUUCGAAGGGCUCGUAAAAAAAAUAGUGACGUUUCGAACAACGAGAAAAAUUUGAAAAGUUUAAAUAUUAGCAAUAAAUCGAUGAAUAACAAUACAGAAACGAACGGCGUCUCUAACUGUGAAACUCAACAUAAAAAGCAACAAUCGACGAGUAGUAAAACCCAAAAUAAUGAUAGUAAAAACAAGACUAAUAAACUGACUAAAUUCAUAGCAAUGGAUUGUGAGAUGGUCGGCAUAGGUUUUGAAGGCGGUGACCACAUGCUGGCGAGAGUGUCUUUAGUCAACAAAUUCGGCGACUGCAUAUACGACAAAUUUGUCAAGCCUCGGGAGGAAGUUGUAGAUUAUAGAACAAAAAUUAGUGGUAUAAGAAAAGAGGAUUUACUGAAAGGUGAGGACUUCACCACAGUGCAGAAGGAAGUAGCGGAGAUAUUACGAGGAAGGAUACUUGUCGGUCAUUCCUUGAAGAAUGAUCUGAGUGUUCUGUUCCUUUCCCAUCCUAAGAAGAGCAUAAGGGACACAUCAAAGUACAAACCGUUUAGAAAAGUAACAAAGGGAAGCACGCCAUCGCUCAAGCGGCUAGCAAAAGAAAUCCUCGGCAUAGAGAUCCAGCAUGGAGAACACAGCUCAGUAGAAGACGCCAAAGCUGUGAUGCAGCUGUAUUGUACUGUGUGCAAGACCUGGGAGCAAGCGCUCAGUGAAAAACGUGGUUACAGCAGAAAGUUCUUAGAGUCUUAGUUUCUGAUCUACCCUCCUAGCAUGAAUCUUGGAAUUUAUCAUAUUUUGUGUGUCAAUGUCAGCCAAUGUUUGAAAAAUGUCAGCCAAUACUUGAAAGUUUAGCCAACAGUGAACUAUGUCAGCUAAUUAUCUGCUCUCUGAUCUGAGUACUCAACCCAGUAACAGCAAUUGCAAUGAUUCAACCAUAAGUUAGAU